UUGAAUUGUACCGUCCAUUUGAAUUGCCUGUUGAAUAAAGAUUAAUUUUUAUAGCAAAAUAUGUUGGCCACCACCGGAUCAGCUGUUCUUCUCCUUCCCGGCAAAGCUAAGUGCCUUCAUCAAGAGUCUUUAUGCAGAUUUCAACUCAAAACUAGACUUUGUUUGGCCGAUAUCUCAAAUUCAAAGCAAAACAAUAGGCAGCCUUUUCAGAGAAAUCAAACCUUCCCAUCACUCGACAAUGGAAGUUAUAGAAACAGAAAACUUUGCAGGAAAAAUAUGCAGAUCGUGUGCUGCAGUUUGGAAUCAGGGUCGGGGCUUCCACCGUUUCCUUUUAAUCUUCUUCACUCUGGUUCCGACUGGCAUCUCUGGGCUCUGGGAACGGCAAUCCCACUUAUCCUGUCCUUCACCACGAGUAAAUGGGGGCCUUUUCUAAAACUGAUGAAUGAUGCUGAAAAGGUCCUAGAGACGGCUGAACAUAUAUCGGAUGUGGUGGAAGAAGUGGCGGAGAAAGUGGAGAAGAUAGCAGAUGAGGUGGGCGAUCAGCUUCCGGACGGCGGAAAACUGCGGGCAACUCUUGAACUGGUUGAAGAUUUAGCCGAAGAGACAGCUAAGAACGCUCAUCUUGCCGGAGAUCUCAUUGACAAGGUCCAAGAAAUGGAAGACAAGCUGGAGUCGUUUAUGGAAUCCGUGGAAGAAGACGACGCGAAGGAGGAUUGAAGGUGGAUCCAAAACAAAGAGGUCGUGUGCAAUGCUUUUCGAAAUUCAUCAUGAUUGAAAUCUAUAUAAAUAUUGUUUUCAACUAAUAAGUUUCCGGCCUAUUCUUGCAUUGAA